AUGAUCUCAUAUGUCCACCUCAUCUCACGGAGGACAAGUGUUCCCACUUCGACCAGCGUGGCUGCUUGCGCAAUCUCCCAGAAGCACUUGUACAUGGACUCGCGAGACUUCGCGUCGAUCCAGAAGAUGCCACCAGGACAUUGUCCACCGUGUGCCCCCUCGCUGUCAUCGUCAGAUGCAGAGGUUGAGAAGUCAGAGGAUUGGGUAGCAGUGGUCCAGUGGUCAGUGAAGGAGGAGUCAGGGAGCGAGGAGCCAGUGGACAAGACCGAGAGAACGACAGUCCCCGUCAUUGCCCACACCCAUGCUCCUCCUGUUCUUACACACCGGCACCUGGACCACAAUUCCACGCAUGGGGCUCUAGCACCCAAACAUGAGCAUCGGUCAGAGUUCGAUCCGAACUUGGAUACCCCGCGAGGACUACAUGCAACCAACGGGUUCACCAAGCCCGAGGCGGAAUACUCUGCGCCUGUUCCGCGUGCGCCGCUUCGGAAACCAUUCCCACCCGGCGUGGACUUGGAGCAAGUCAAUCGGGCUGCAGCCGAGAUCGACCAAGCCGAGAAGAGCGAUGUUGAAAGUCCUGGUUUCAACGCCGAGCAGCAACGGUAUCAGGAGAAAAGUCACAAACGAUCGGUGGAGAGCAGUCGUGCGGAGGAGGUUCGACGAAAGGUACAGUCUGAAAUCACUUACCUCCAAAUGACACCCAAAAGCUUCGAGCGACAAGCCCUGUUGGGUACCGACCGAUUCCGAGGGCAUCACGAGGGUGCUGUCAUGGCCGAGGUUCAGCAAAAGGAGGUUCAGGACGAGAAGGAACGCAAAAAGGACAUGCAACGCAAGCGUCGUUGCGAGGAAGUCCUAUGGGGAAGAGCCUGA